UUUUUUUUUUUUAGAAGACUUUUAAUUUGUUGUGAUGCUGUUACCUCAUAAGGCUGCGCAUCGCUUCAUUGUGUGAAGAAAGAGUGUCCAAACCGGCAGAAAACUCCUGGUGAAGUGACCGAAAUCUACCAUAUUCUAAAGAUGGCGUUUAUUAAAGAGGAGAGCGAAGACAUAAAGAUUGAAGAAGCAUUUACUAUCAAACAUGAAGUGUCUGAGGAACAAACAGACCUAAUGGCACUGAAAGAGGAGAGUGAAGUACUCCACAAAAUUGAAGAAAAAGAGCAAUAUGAGUAUCUUCAUGAUUUCACAACUGGAGAAAAAUCUUUUAGCUGUUCACAGACUGAAAUGACUUCCACACAAAAAAAAGCUCAAAACAGAGUAAGAAAAAGUCAUUUAGCUUGUUUUAAGUUUGGAAAGAGUUUCAAUCAAAAAGGAAAACUUAAAGUCCACUUGAGAACUGGAAAGAGGCAUUUCACCUGCAAACAGUGUGGAAUACGUUUUUCUCUGAAAGGAAGCUGGAACAGGCACAUGAGAAUUCACACGGGAGAAAAGCCUUACACAUGCCAACGAUGUGGAGAGAGUUUUGCUCUACAUAGAAACCUUAAAGUCCACAUCAGAAUUCACACUGGAGACAGCCUUUUCACCUGCCAACAGUGUGGAAGAAGUUUCAAAAGAAAAGGAAACCUUAAUUCCCACAUGAGAGUUCACACUGGAGGGAACCUUUACACCUGCAAACAGUGUGGAAUAAGUUUCACUCAAAAAGGAAGCAUUAACAGGCACUUGAGAAUUCACACUGGAGAAAAGCCUUACACAUGCAUCCAAUGUGGAAAGAGUUUUGCUCAACUUGUAAACCUCAAAGUCCACAUAAGAAUUCACACUGGAGAGAACCCUUACACAUGCGCUCAGUGUGGAAAGAGUUUUGAUAAAAAUGAAAACCUUAAGGUCCACAUGAGAACUCACACUGGAGAGAAACCUUAUUCAUGCCUUCAGUGUGGAAAGAGUUUCAAUACUCAUGGAAGCCUUAAAGUCCACAUGAGAGUUCAUACCGGAGAGAAGCCUUACUCCUGUCUUCAGUGUGGAAAGAGUUUUAGUAAUCAGGGAAACCUUAAAGUCCACAUGAGAAUUCACUCUGGAGAAAAGCCCUACACAUGCCCUCAGUGUGGAAAGAGCUUCACUCAAAAAGUACGAUUUGAAGCCCACAUAAGGAUUCACACUGGAGAGAAGCCUUUUACCUGCCAACAGUGUGGAAAGAGUUUCAAUCAACAUCGAACCUUGAAAGACCACAUGAGAAUUCACACUGGAGAGAAGCCUUUCACCUGCCAUCAGUGUGGAAGAAGUUUCACUCAAAAAGGAACCUUUAACAGGCAUAUGAGGGUUCACACCGGAGAAAAGCCUUACACAUGCCAACACUGUGGAAAGAGUUUCUGUCAACGGCGAACUAUAAAAGACCACAUGAGAGUUCACACCGGAGAGAAGCCCUUCACCUGCGAACAGUGUGGAAAAAGUUUCUAUCAACGUCGAACCUUAAAAGACCAUAUGAGAGUUCACACCGGAGAAAAGCCUUACACAUGCCAACAGUGUGGAAAGAGUUUCUGUCAACUUCGAACUAUGAAAGACCACAUGAGAGUUCACACCGGAGAAAAGCCUUUCACCUGCCAACAGUGUGGGAAGAAUUUUUAUCAACAUCGAACCUUAAAAGACCACUUGAGAGUUCACACCGGAGAGAAACAUUUCACUUGCCAAAAGUGUGGAAAGAGUUUCUAUCACCUUCGAACCCUAAAAAACCACAUGAGAGUUCACACUGCAGAGAGCCAUUUAACCUGCCAACAGUGUGGAAUGAGUUUCGAUCAGCACCAAAACUUAAAAAAACAUUUGAGAGUUCACACCGGAGAGAAGCCUUUCACCUGCCAACAGUGUGGAAGAAGUUUCAACAGAAAAGGAAACCUUAAUGUCCACAUGAGAAUUCACACCGGAGAAAAGCCCUACACAUGCCCUCAGUGUGGAAAGAGUUUCACUCAGAAAGUAUGCUUUGAAGCCCACAUAAGAAUUCACACUGGAGAGAAGCCUUUCACCUGCCAAGUAUGUGGAGAUAGUUUCAAUCAACAUCGAACUUUAAAAGACCAUAUGAAAAUUCACACUGGAGAGAAGCCUUUCACCUGCCAACAGUGUGGAAGAAGUUUCACUCAAAAAGGAACCUAUAACAGGCAUAUGAGAGUUCACACCGGAGAAAAGCCCUACACCUGCCAACAGUGUGGAAAGAGUUUCUGUCAAAGUCGAACCAUGAAAGACCACAUGAGAGUUCACACUGGAGAGAAGCCUUUCACCUGCCAAUAGGAUGCAUAAAGUUUCACAAUUCACACCAGAGAAAAGCUAUACACCUGUCAACAGUGUUGAGAGAGCUUCCUUCAACCUUCAAUUCCAAAUGAGAAUUUACACUAAGGAGCGUCUCAUCACCUUCCAGCAAUGUAGAAAAAGUUUCAACUGAAAAGGAAUUACUAACUGGGGUCUGAGGUGUUUUUUUGGGCCCUGGAGAUGUUUAGACAUGCCUUGACAUUUGUGCUUAUUUCAGUUUUUAAGUGGUGUUUACACUGUAUUUAGCACAAACUCUGUUACAAUAAUAUGUGUGUAGCAUGUAUAUAAAAGUUGGAGUCACUGAAAUAAGGCUGUUAAUGCACUCUGAACAUAGGUUCAAAAGACUUUUGUGUAUUUGAUCCUGCACCCUAGAGUUUACUAUAAAAUGAGGCAGUGAAAAUCAUCCUGCCCUAUAAAACAGUAUUCAUUCCUUAGAAAAUUACCUUAUAAAGCAAUAUUCAUUGCCUCAAAUUAUUCAUAUAAAAUAAUAUUGGCGUUGUCAGUAAUGAAGCUUAUUUCACAUUGAUCAUGUAGAAUAUAAAUCCUAUGUCAAAUCAAAUCAAAUCAAAUCACUUUUAUUUAUAUACCGCCUUUAACAAUACAGAAUUGUGACAGUAGAUAUAAUGUAGAUAUAUGUAGAUGUAAUGUAAAAUUUAUAUGUAAAAUUUCACAUGUGAAAAUCACAUGACGUGCGCUUUGCACAUGGGAAACGUGUGCUUUUGGAACAUUUUUAUGUGAAUCCCAUGUGAAACCCAUGAGGUCACAUGUGCAACACAUGUAAAUCCUUUAAUUGUGAAAUAACUCUGGUCAAUAUUUCAUUCAUGCAUAAUAUACACUCAAAAAAUAUUUAUUUCUUUGACCUCAAUUGUAUAGUAAAUUCCCAUUAUCUUUAUUACCUUUCUGGGCCUGGGAACAUUUUUAUUUGCAUUGCUAUCUAUGCACGGUCAGAAAGCUCUCUGAUUUCUUCAACAAUAUCUUAAUUUGUGUUCAGAAGAUAAACAAAGGUCUAACCGGUUUGGAACAACAUGAGAGUGAGUAAUGACAGAUUUUUAAUUUUUGAGUGAACUAUCCCUUUAAUAUCCGGAAAUGCACCAUUUCACUUUUGUUCAUAAAUAAAUAAAUAAAAAAGUGACUCAAUCACAGUUCCCAUGGCAUGAAGUUGACAGAACCUAAAAGUACACAGAGAGACACUAUUAAGUACAAUUAAUACAAUAUUUAUUAGUCUCGUUUGUAAUUGUGUUGUAUUUAGACCUAACAAUUUGAGUCAUAUUUCCAUGAUGACAUAAGAUUUUCACAGGUUGGUAAUAAGCUGGAUGUGUGUCAUUGUCUGUAAGUAGGCCCACGGCAACAUCUCCCAACUCAUCAGACUUGCCCUAAAUGAAUAAAUGAAAAAAGAGAUACAAACCCAUGGUGUCCAAAACAGUAGUGUUCAAUUUCUUUCUUUUAUAACUAUCAGUGAUUUUUUUUUUUUUAAUUUAAGAUAUUUUUUGACAAAUAAUCUCACAAAGACUAAGCUAAACUAACUAAAGUAAACUAACUAAACUAACUAAGCUAAACUAAAACUAAAGUUCACACAAAAAUGACAAUUCAGUCAUGAUUUACUUAUAUGCCAUAUGGCCUUUCUUUUUGAUACCACAAAAGAGGAAUUUAAAAAAAAAAUUUGCCAGAAUUUUUUGGCACAAAUUCUGUAGGCUCUUUAUUAAACAAAAUAACACAGGUAUAGUAGCACAGAAACCAAUCAAACGUUGAUGAACUGACUGAACAACAGUAUGAGUAAAAAUACUUUUGUAUUUUAAUGAAAUACAUAGAGUAGUACUGUCAAUGAGACUCACCCUGCAGGUUCUGAAAAAGCCAAACACACGGACCGUUUAUCCGCUCAGACCAAAGUUCAAACUGCCAUGCUGCAGGAGCUCACUAGACAAGAUGCAUUCAGUAUGUCGAUGCGGCGCGAACGCACCUUGAAAAACCAAGCGCGAGGCAUACUGCGUCGCUUUCGUUAUGAGUGCAGCUGCAGAGGGCCUACAUUUAAAUUAACUAACUUGAGCAUGCAAAAGACGCGAUAUGUGAACGGCUCCGUCAUGCGAGCACUAAACAGCACUGAGAUCCAGUGUGAAACACUUGAAUUCAGCGAUGAACACAAAUGACUCUGAUUCAAACUAGUUUAAAGCUGUGUGCAAAGAGACAGUCAGAAGGCUUUUCAAUCUACACAUCGCCAUCAUUUACAAUGGAUUUACUGUAGUAACACUCACUGCAGUGCACCAUGGUAUUGUGGCAGCAAUGUGGGAUAUUCAAAUUGAAUUUUAUUACAGGAGAAAUGGUAUAUCAUUAUAGUAUGUAUGUAUUUGUGAUUAAGCUAUAGCAUGUGUGCAUUUAUACUGAAUGUUUUUAGACUACCGUUUUUCAUACAAAUAGGCUACCUAUAAAACCAUGUAGUUAUAUUUUUACAAUGGUAUUGAGGUACCAUUAUGUGUGGUUUUAACUGUGUUUAUCAUAAUUUAAAAUGUGUGCUUGCUACAAUGGGAGACUGGGUCAGAAUAAAUUAAACCAUAUAAAACUGAGGUUGCUACAAUUUGUACAGAAAUUUACCUCUGCAUCCUCAAGCUACUAUCAAAUGUGCAUCUCUAAGAGACAAAAAGUGAUAUUACUAUUAUUAUUAUUAUUAUUAUUAUUAUUAUUAUUAUUAUUAUUAUUAUUAUUAUCAUUAUCAUUAUCAGACAACCCAACCCUGUUUCUUGAUUUGAAACAAUAUAACUCAUUAAAACCUACAGAAAUUUAUUUUUUUAUUUAGAUAUUUAAAUUUAAUGGUCUAGUUUCUACAACUUUCACUUUGAAGCAAAAAUCUGACUUUAAACUUGAAAUAAAUAAAGAUUUGACAUUUAUCGUGAUAAUUAUUGAUAUCGACUGAUAUGAAGUAAAUGCAGUUUUUCUUUUGGUGUGGCGAAAGAAGCUUGACGUAUUAAACUAUGUAGAAUCUACAUUUCUUAUUGUAUUUCUGAUGCUAUCUAUUUUAUCAGUGAAGAAAUUCAUAAAGUCAUUACUAUUAAUCUAUAAGAGCCAGGUAUAGCUCUGUUAUUUUGGACAUAUUUUUUGCGUUGAUUGCGGCACCUGGUGGCGGCAGAAGUAGUAAGAACAGAUCACCUGUUCACCUGUGUUUAGCUGGAGAGAGAGGGUGAUGGGGAGAAGUCUUAUUUUUUGCUGACCGCUAAAGGAGUUAGCAAUGCUGUUAAUGCAGUUUUUUUUAUGACUUUUGAACACAUUCGUAUGCCAUUUAAACAAUUAUGGAAUGUAUUGGAUGCAUAACCUUAUUUGUUUAAUGCAAAUAAACCUACAAAACGCAGUUGUUGGAUCCAUGAUAAUUAUCUACAAGCGGGUCGGACAAGUUAGUCUCUUCCAAUCAGCCUCUCGGCUUGCCUAAUAUUUGUCAGCAAAAAAAAAAAAACAACAA